CCCAUACCGUCUUAACUACGUCAGUCAACAUCUCCCUUGGAAUAACUGCUAUCCUACAUCGAAACCACGCCUACGGACUGGCCACAUUCUGGAAAUAUGCAGAAACAAGGUACGUGGUUCUUUCCCAGCACCGCGCGCAUCGCUAUUCAUUCAACUGCGCGCUCGAAGAAGCUCACCAGCUGCUUACCGUGGUGAUGCUCCACCACUUACCCAACACCAGCGCGUGUAACAGGCAAAAAAGCGAGAGAAAACGCGUCCCUCAUACCCACGACAGCACCGUCACCACUCCCACCCAACCUCGCUAACCCCAUAUCCAGUCCCAGCGCGAGCCUUCUCGCAAAAGGAUCUCCCGCCCUCGGUCGAAGCAGCCUACUACCGGAAAUGCAUCGAGCUCCGCCGCCGCAUCACGGACAUUGAAGAGAACAACGACGGCACGCGGCAGCGCAUCACCCGCCUAAACCGCGGCAUCCAGAAGAUGCGCCUCGAGCGCGCCUUCCUGCUCGAGCAGCUGCAAAAGCACCAGGAGUACAACAUGGACGACUCGGACCGCAGCAGCUCCCCGCCGCCGACGCCCACAGACAAGCCCCUGCGCAGCAAGCGCAGCCACCGCAAGGGCACGCCGCCCGUCGGCGCCGACGGCGCAGCACAGCACCUCGCGUUCGGCGGCGCAGGCCCGCUGCACCACAUGAGCAGUGCGCAGAGCACGCCGGACCCGGGCCGCCAGCCGACGAAUCCGUUUUUCAGCACCCUGGCCGCGGCGGGGAGUCCGCAUGCCGUGAAUGUGAACGGCGCACACGUUCAGCAGCAACAAUCUCAACAAUCACAACAACAGCAACAGCAACAACAAACCCCAACUGUGCUCCCGCCCCUCCACGCUAUCACCCCCAUCCAGCAACAACAGCAACAACGCCCGUCCACAUACUUCGACCCCGCGUACGACGAGCAGCGGCCCACGCCUGCAGACCACGACGUCGAUGCUGCGGGGCGGCGCCGCGCUUACUCGGGCGCCCAGCACCCCCCGCUACCGCAGGAAUCCGCGCCGCUGAACGGCGACACGGAUAUGGUCGAUGCCGGGGCCUUUACCGCUGUCAAUCGGUAGAACGGAUCGAUGGCUUAUGGGCACUUUGUAGCGGGCCGGGAUGCGCGCUUUGUGUACGCUCCUUGGAUGGCGGGUCGUCCCUGGGGAAUGUGAGGGGGGCUUGGUUGUGUGUUGAGAUGGGAUGGGAUGGGUGGGCUGGGGCUGGCGUAUUGUAUAGUAUGGUAUAUCGGCAUGGCGUGGCGUUGGAAGUGCAGAUCAACCGUGUGUGUAUUAACAUG